AUGGGCGAGGGCGGGCUGCCCCCGGCCUUCCAGCUGCUGCUGCGCGCCUGCGAUCAGGGCGACACGGAGACUGCGCGGCGGCUGCUGGAGCCGGGGGCUGCGGAACCCGCGGAGCGCGGCGCGGAGCCCGAGGCGGGCGCGGAGCCGGCGGGGCCCGAGGCGGCCGGGCCCGGGACGGCGGCCGGAGCGCCAGUGCCCGUGGACUGCUCGGACGAGGCGGGCAACACGGCGCUGCAGUUCGCGGCGGCCGGGGGCCACGAGCCGCUGGUGCGCUUCCUGCUGCGACGCGGCGCCUCGGUCAACAGCCGCAACCACUACGGCUGGAGCGCGCUCAUGCAGGCGGCCAGAUUUGGGCACGUGAGUGUGGCACAUCUUCUUUUGGAUCACGGGGCUGAUGUCAAUGCCCAGAACCGCCUGGGGGCCAGUGUGCUCACCGUGGCCUCUCGGGGUGGACACCUGGGCGUGGUGAAGCUGCUCCUGGAAGCUGGUGCCUUCGUGGACCAUCACAAACCCUCAGGCGAGGGGGACGGCGGGGACGAGCUGCUGGGUAUCACGGCCCUGAUGGCCGCCAUCCAGCAUGGCCACGAGGCUGUGGUGCGUCUGCUGAUGGAGUGGGGCGCCGACCCCAACCACGAGGCCCGGACUGUGGGCUGGAGCCCAUUGAUGCUGUCAGCACUCAUCGGGAGGCUUGGCCUGGCCCAGCAGCUAGUGGAGAAGGGGGCCAACCCUGACCAUCUCAGUGUGCUGGAGAAGACUGCCUUCGAGGUGGCACUUGACCGCAAGCACAGGGACCUCGCAGACUACCUGGACCCGCUGACCACCGUUAGGCCCAAAACAGAUGAGGAGAAAAGGCGACCUGAUAUUUUCCACGCAUUAAAAAUGGGAAACUUCCAGCUGGUCAAAGAGAUUGCUGAUGAAGACCCCAACCAUGUGAACCUGGUUAACGGGGAUGGGGCCACCCCGCUGAUGCUGGCGGCGGUCAUGGGACAGCUGCCUCUGGUGCAGCUGCUGGUGGAGAGGCAUGCCGACGUGGACAAGCAGGACAGUGCGCACGGCUGGACGGCCCUCAUGCAGGCCACCUACCACGGGAACAAAGAGAUUGUCAAAUAUCUGCUAAACCAAGGAGCUGAUGUUACUCUUCGUGCAAAAAAUGGGUACACGGCCUUUGACCUAGUGAUGCUGCUCAGUGAUCCUGACACGGAACUUGUUCGACUGCUGGCAUCUGUCUGCAUGCAGGUGAAUAAAGACAAAGGCCGGCCCAGCCACCCGCCGCCUCUGCCCCACUCGAAGGUCCGACAGCCCUGGAGUGUCCCGGUGCUGCCUGAUGACAAAGGCGGACUCAAGUCCUGGUGGAACCGCAUGUCCAAUCGGUUCCGGAAGCUGAAACUGAUGCAGACACUGCCGCGUGGGCUGUCCGGCAACCAGCCGUUGCCUUUCCGUGAUGAGCCAGAGCCAGCGCUGGACUCCACAAUGAGGGCGGCACCCCUGGACAAGACCAGCCGCUCUGGGCUCCCCGAUGUGGCCCCCAUGACCAAAGACAAUGGUACUGGGAGCACAAGAGGAGAAAAGGAAGAUGUGUUAUUGACAACCAUGCUUCGAAAUGGAGCCCCCUUCACCAGACUCCCGAGCGACAAGCUGAAGGCAGUCAUCCCCCCUUUCUUGCCCCCUUCCAGCUUUGAGCUGUGGAGCUCGGAUCGGUCCCGGACAUGUCACAACGGGAAGGCAGACCCCAUGAAGACUGUGCUGCCUCCGAGAGCCGGCAGAGGCCCCCCCACGGCUGGGGGGAGCACGGACAGUACUCUCGUCAGGCCGGUUAAAUUUCCAUCUCUCUCCAGAAGCCCAGCCUCCCCCGCCAAUUCUGGAAACUUCAACCACUCACCUCAUUCCUCUGGCGGCUCCAGCGGGGGAGGCGGCGUGAGCAGGCACGGCGGGGAGCUACAUAACCGCUCAGGUGGCAGCAUAGACAGUGUCCUCUCCCAGAUCGCUGCCCAGAGGAAAAAAGCAGCCGGAUUAUCUGAGCAGAAGCCCAGCCACCGGUCAAGUCCUGUUGGGCCAGCGCCCAGCUCCAGCCCGUCUGAACCCCCGGUCUCCCCAGCAGGCGGCAGUGUUCCUGGUGGCAAGAAACUGGAGACGAGCAAGAGGCCUCCGUCUGGAACCUCCACGACCUCCAAAAGCACCUCCCCCACCCUCACGCCUUCCCCUUCUCCCAAAGGGCAUGCGGCCGAGUCCUCCGUGUCCUCCUCCUCGUCCCACCGGCAGUCCAGGAGCAGCGGGGGCUCCAGCAGCGGCACCAUCACUGACGAGGAUGAACUGACUGGAAUCCUUAAGAAAUUAUCACUUGAGAAAUAUCAGCCCAUUUUUGAGGAGCAAGAGGUGGAUAUGGAAGCCUUCCUCACGCUCACCGACGGGGACCUGAAGGAGCUGGGUAUUAAGACAGACGGCUCCAGGCAGCAGAUCUUGGCAGCAAUUUCUGAACUGAACGCAGGCAAGGGACGCGAGAGACAGAUUUUACAGGAAACCAUUCACAGUUUCCACUCUUCCUUCGAGAGCAGCGCCAGCAACACCAGGGCCCCUGGAAACAAUCCUUGUACGUGACCCUCCUCGUGGUCAGCAGCGUGAGCUUUCUGAACCUCAGUAUCCUCUUCCCAUGGCCGAUGCUCCCGCCAUCAUCAGACCUUCCCCAUUCCUGAAACACAUUACACCUUGACACACCACUGUGCCUUAGUCCCCAUGCCUGAAACACCCAUUUCCCCCGCCUGCUGCAGCAGCUGGUGAUGCUUGUUGCUGUAACAAAAGGCCGACACGGUGGAGACUUAUUCUCCCAUGAAGUCCAGUGUGGCUGCUUCUGCUUGGCAGAGGCACAUGGUGAUUCAGGGACCCUGCUCUUCUCAUCUCUGGCUCUGCCGUUCAUGGGAGCUUAUGGGAGCUUCCGAGUCUUUGUUUCUGGCUGGCAGAGGGGAAAGGGAUGGUAAAGAAGGCAUAAGCAUUUCUUAGCUGUCUUGCUGUUAACUGCUCACAUUCCAUUGGUUCCUCCUUCUUAUGUCCCAUCGGCCACUCCUAGUCACGCGGCCCCACCUGGAUGCAGAGGAGACUGGGAAGUGUAGUCAUGUUCAGGUGGUGGCCUCACAAUACAGAACUCUGUAUUUUAAUGGGGGAACAUGUAUUUGGGGCAAGAUUAGCCACUCUUCCAUAGCUUCCCUUAGGCCUUCUAACUUAUCCCUGAUGGUCCCUAAUGUCGCCGAUCAGAUGAAGCCUUUCCCAGCUGCGUUAUGCAGAUCUCACUCCCCCAGCCGCCGGGGCCCUGACUGUUCUGUGUGGUGCCCCUGCUUUAGCGUGUCUCUGCACCUGCUGCAGACGGCACACAGCAGCUGUUGAGGAUGUGUGUGCUGAAUGCAUUUUUCUUUCUCGCAGAGGCAGCCUUUUGUAGAGGGAAAAGGGGGAGGCCCAAGGUGUCACUUUGAGGAAUCUCUUUUCCUUCCUGACCUUCAGUCUCCUUGUCUGUGGUCAGGCAAGACAAUGCUCUGAUAUUCCACGCUGCUCACCCCAUAACACUGUAGGGCUUUUCCACUUUGAGUGGGAGCAGAAAACUCAUAUAUUACAUUGUAGAAGGACUUAGGUGCUCACAUUUUCUAGGCGAAUUUGGAAUUUUUCCUCAGGCCACAUUCCUCAGGAGGGAAUCAGUGCGUGUAGUGUUAUACUAUGUCAUAUUCUGGGAAAGGGACUUUGACUUUUAGGUCCAACAGGUUUCUGAAAUGUUUUCAAGCAUGUAAUUCAUUCGACCAUCCCUUGCCGCAUUUCUGCCAUGUGCUGGGGAUGCAGAGAUGAGUCAGAUCCAGUCCCCACCCUUGAGGACCCGGACAGCAAGAGAAGAUGUGAAUGGAUGGUCCUGUCCUGAGGGGGUGCACGGACAAGUGGAGAGAGCAUGUGCUCUGGACUCAGGCUCAGGGUUCUGGUCCAGCCCCGUGGCUGGCCAGCUGUGUGGCCAGGGUCAGGUAACUUGGCUUCUCUGUUGGUGCUUAGAGCCAGCGUGCAUCAAGUGCCUGAUCUGUGGGACAUGCACAGUGGAUGGGAGCCUUUGCAGCGUCGUCACCUUUGCUGUGAUCUCUACUUGGCUGCAUACUGGUCUCCUUAGGUACAGCUUCUCAUCUCCCCCUCUCCUGGCCAUGAGCGCCCCUUCCUCCUCUGCUGGCUGCUAGAGGCAGUCAUGACCAUGCUUCCCGGAGUCUCAUCAUGUUCUCCCUCCCAUCAGUGGAUCCAGCAGGUGCUAUUCCUCCUUCGUCCUCUCAUCCUCCCCCCUGUAGAAGCCAACUUCCUGCAUGACUGGAGAAAGAGGUUUUAUUUUAGACAUCACUGACAGACGCCUUGACACAUGUUCCUCGCAUCCCAGCCUUCUCUAAGGAGACACACUCACUGAGCACCUAUUUUGUGCGGCCGCUGACCCCAGCGUCAUCUGUCCUCACCCCCAGCCUGGGCACCGCCAUGGUUUAACCUCAUCCUGCAUGCUGGGGACACAGACACGGAAGAGCGGAGCUGUAGGCCAGUUCCCCAGCUGGGAAGGAGCGGAGCUGGCUGAGACCUGGGUCUAGUGGGCUUCUGAGCCCAUGCUUUUGCCGACUCUUACAGACUCCUGGGGCUCGAGGCACCAGGGGUUCUCAUGGUUUUAAUGUAUUCAUAUCUUCAGAGCCCAUCAGUGUGUGUACGGUUGUUUGUCCCUAAAACACACACGGACCCCUGAGUUGGGUGCUGUGAGGUUUGGUGUCCAUUCUCUGCUCUUCUCCUGCCCUUUUCAUCCUGUAUCUGCAGAUGUCACUUGGGUAAGUUUGAUGGAAUCUGUGUCACAUGCAGGAGCUGUGCUGGGGGUCAGCUUUCCACAAACGUGCACCUCCGAGAUCUCAUCUAGUGACCUCAGAUGGAUAGUCUGCUCAUUCUCAUUUGGCAGAUGGGAAAACAGGCUCACAGCAGCUGCUUCCUUCGUCUUUUUCACUGGACCCAGUGGUUCUGAGUCUUUUUCUCCCAAGAAGUUUGUGGGCUGGUUGGUGAGAGAUCCUUGGCACCCUUUCUGGACCGUGGUCACCCACUUCGUGGUGGCCCUAUGAGGUGAUCCAUCAGCAUUUCUCAAAGUAUGUUCCUUGAAACCCUACUUCCAUAGAAUGUUAACAGGUUUUUUUAUAAAAAGUAAAGGAGGAGGGAAUUUAUAUGUGACAGUGGGAGUGAGGCUCUGUGUUUAACAGGUUUGGCAGAUACCGAAACCCAGUCACGUAAUGUUUGCUGUAUACACCUCAGAAUCCUUAAAGCUCCACACGUGGGGGAAUCUCUUCAAGGGGGCCAUACUAUCAUUGUUGUUCAGUAGCUCAGUCAUGUCCAACUCUUUGCCACCCAGGCUGCAGCGCACCAGGCUUCCCUGUCCUUCACUAUCUGCUGGAGUUUGCUCAAACUCAUGUCCAUUGAGUUGAUAUGACUGGUAGCAUUUCCCACAUGUUUGAUCACAGAAUGCUGCUUCAUAGCACUCUUGCAAGACGGGUUCCUUGAACACUGUCAGGGAAACCCUGCUGUGACCGGGCAGCUGCAGUCAUGAGGCCUCACAGCAGCUGGGGGUGGGCCCAGGGGGUGCUCAAGGCCUUUAGCUGGGUCAGAGUCUUUGGUAAACUGCCUCUUCCCAGCACCUCUCUGCUUGGCAGUGGGACAUCACGGUGAGGGCAUCCUCUGAUGGAGAGGAUCUGAGCAGGAUCCUGCCCAGAGGGCUCUGCAUCCAGGGUGUCUCCUGCAGGGUCAGAGCAGCAUUUCCCAGUGCUGGUACGGUGUCCUGUCUGGCAAGUGCUGCGUGUCUGAGCCCUGUCCCCAGUGGCCAGGAGAAGGCUCCCACCUCCUUGCUUCAGCACUAGACCAUUACACGGAGGCCGCAAGUUUUGUAAGAAGACAUUUGCUUUUUCAUUCACCGUACAUUUACUGAGCAUUUACCCUGUGCCCAUCCUCUGCUUGUGCUUUGGAUUCAGAGAUGAAAAACACUCACCUCCCCACUGAAAUGUUGUGAAGUGAUUGGCCUCCAACUAAUAAAAAAAAAAAGAUUUAAAAAAAAAAAAAAAAAGAAAAACACUCACCUCUGCUCUCAAAGAAUCCACAGUAUCUUAGAGGAGGCAAGCACGUAAGUGUCCGUGAGGAACAAUAAAGGUGUGUGUGCUCGACUGAGGACAUCGUGGGUUGACACCUCAGGUUGGCUUGGAUGCGCCCUGUUGGAAAGACUGGGUCCAAAAGGGGGAGUCAGCACAGCUGGUAUGCGGGGAAGACAGUGCUCCCCAGUUGGGACAGUGUGUGUGAAGGCAGGCAGUGUAUGACAUUUGUGGGUUAAACAUUGGGGGUAUGUUAGAUAUCUGUUACUCCAAUUUUUGGUUCUUUUCUUUGAAACGCAUAGCACUGUAUCUAUAGCCAGUCCUAGCACUGGGUUCUGGCUCAGCUGCAUCUUAAUGGGUGCUGUGUUUCUUCCCCUCCUUGAGUCUCGGUUUCCCUUUUGGUUCCCAGGGGGGCAGUGUUCUGAGGGUCAGAUGAAGGGGAAGACCAUUUUCACACUAUAUGGAGCUCGGCAGAUGUGAGAAAUCUCCACGGUGGUUGCCGAUUUGAAAUCUCUCUGCCUGUUUCUCCCUCUGCCUACUCCUGCUUGCCCUGAUGCAGUCGGGCCAGGCGGGCGAGGCCAGAAGCAGCAGCCUCCAGCCCGAGAUGGCUGCAGCUUGGGUGGCUAUGCUGGCGUUGGAGCCCUGAGGCAGUGAGGGUUGGUGGCGGAUCCCACCCUCUAGCUGUGGCUGACUCUGGUGUUUAUGUCACUGGGUGGACAGAAAGCAGCAGGAAGGCCUUCCAGCCUGAUUACAGGAGCUGAUCCAGGGCAAAAAGGAAGCAGGAAACUCCUCCAGUUUGUUCUUGCCUCAGAGCUGCCUAUGGACACUGCCAAGCAGGCCAGGCCUGGGCUAGACAGUUGUGGACAUCUACACUGACCUUCCAAGAAAGCACGUCUUGAGGGCUUGGGACCCUUCCUAGGAAGAUUCUGCAGCCCAGAUUGAAGGUGUUGUAAAGCACCACCUGUAUUUUUUUUUCAGGCAAAAUAAUCAUAUCUCAACCGACAGAUCCUAGUCAGCAUAUAAAGAGACCUGAUUCUUUCCCUAUUGAAGUUGAUACCAAAUUCUGCAGGACCAGCCAGGGACUGAAUCUCCUCCCUAGGGGAGGUGGGUGGUGAGUCCCCUUUAUGGCUUCCUUCCUAAGGCAGGGACCACCCAGGGCCCCUCUUCAGGGUCCUUCCUGCCCAGUGGGUUGAGCCAAAUCCCUUCCGUGUAAGGUCCCUCCCAGUUCCCAUUGGAACUGCCUCCCGGGGGCUCACAGAUACAGGGCAUGGCCAUCCUCUUGCGAGACCUUGUUCCCACUGUCCAGGUGUCUGGGACAGGGCUUGACCUCAGCACAGCCACUGGAUCCUAUGAUAAGAGACCCAAGUGCUAUUUUGUCUCGGCCCUUCUGUGUGUCCCCAUGUUCCUCACCGUCAAACACUUCUUUCUAUCAUUGUUUUUCCAUAAAGGGACUUGAUUCUUUGAAGGAUUUUUGUUUGCCGAAUGUAUAUUAAAUAAUGUCUUCUCACUUUGAUUGUGCUCAUAGAAAGUAUAAAAUGCUGCUCAGAUUUC